UCACCAGAAUUUCACGAUAUGGCUGUGGAAGGAGUAGAGUUUGGUGUGGAAGUUGACAGUACUUACAGUAGUGUGGCAGCCUCCUGGUUUACCUUUACGAACGUUAUCAACAACACUGUCAAAGCUGAUAAAAAUGAAACGAAGGACGCGGUGCCAAAAAAGAAGAGAGAUACAGCAGAAAUCUUGAAAGAAGUACAUGUCAAAGAACCAGAUAAGCAUGGAAGAAAUCUUUCAUCAUUCAUAGAUGAGAAAGUGACAAAGAAACUCAAGAAAAGUAAACGAAAGGAACAACAAGAAGAUGAAGAGAAAAGCUGUCCCAGAAUAAAAGCUCCUUCUUUAGUAAACACUGAGGAAGACAGUAAAACUGCUGUCAUUGUCAAGAAGAAAACGAAACCAUCACAUGACGCCCUCCCGUCACAUUCCAUAGGAUCUCUCACAAAGAGAUUAGAAAGUGACUCUCUCUCCCAAUCUACACGAAAAAGACUUAAAAAGAGAUUGAACAAAUUAAUCAAGGAAAGUGGAACAGAUGAAAAACUGAAGAGUGCAUCUUCCCCUGCAUUGCCUGCAAAGGAUGAAGACUUGUCUUUGUUUUUAUCAUCAAGCACAUUGCAUGAAAUUAAAAUCAGAGAAAGUUCUUCAUUAAAGAGAAAACUUGAGGAAGAUAUGUCUAAAAAGGAAGAAGAUAGUUCCCCAAUUAAGAGGAAGAAAAAGAAGAAAAGAAGUAGACAGAAGAACAUUAAAAAAGACAACCGCCCAGAUCACAUGAAACCACCACAUUUAAGAAGCAAUCCCUCUGAAGCACAAAAAGCUGUCCCAUUAUCAUCAAUAGGAUCUAUCGACUCCACCAUUGUGAAAGAGAAGCUGCAGAUUAAUUCUGUUAAUAAACCAUCUUCUACCUCCCUAACAUCACCAAGAAUGAAGAACAAGGAAUAGAAAAUAUAUGCUGGUAGUAUCUCAGAAAAAAGCAGUGAAGACAAAGAUACCUCUGAAAAGAAACCAAAGACAAAGGCUAAGGGCUAAAACGUCAGAUUCCCAUGUGUAUACAGUCAGUGGUGAAAUGAGUGGUCAUGCCAUGAGACAGAGAGAGAGAGAGAGGAAGGGGGUGGGGGGGUGUUGGUAAGAGAGAACUCACAGCAAUUCAAGGAUAUGCUGCAAUAUAUUCACUAACAAUACACAAAAAUACUUUCCUCGCUGAAAACUUCCAGGUCAUGAUGUGUAUUUAUGGCUUUGCUUAAAGCCCAAAUGAGUCCCCCAAGUGAACACUGUGUGCGUCAACACACUAGCUACAGAAAGCAAAGAAACAGAAAGAAUGGAGUAACCAAGUGAAUGAUUCACACGAAGUUACGCAUUUAUAUUCUGUAAGGGCAGAGUGGUUAAAUGUGCUUAUGUUUCAGUGGCUAGGACACACGAGGCAUGGGUUCAUAACCAGCCGUGGACAAGGAGUGUGUAGAUCCCACCACUCUCACUGCUUGUGUGCCCUAGGUGACAGAAAGCAGUUGACAGGGUGGGCCUUUUCUGUGAUUUAUGUGGGGCACCCUGGUUUUCUCCACCCAUAAAACUCACAGCUAAGUGAAGAAUUGAUGAGUAUGGUGUUGAACAACUACCAAAUAAAUGAACGUCUC